GCUUGUUGGAGCAGGAGGCGGGAGCUGAGCAAGAUCGCGAGGCCUGGAGGGACCUGCGGCUUCGGUGGCGUUAGAGGCUUGGCGACAGCGACGGAUAUGGCUACGACUUCCUUGCAAGCCCAACCUUGCCUCAGGCUCCUGAGUGUUUGGAUUACAGUAUAAAAAGUGAAUCAGGUGGCUCAUAUGCUGAAGGAUGGCACGGUCACGAUCCAGAUCCCCCAGAUGGAAACAAAGGUCAUUAUCACCACAGUCUAGAAAUUUUGAAUACUAUGAGGAAAGACAUUUCCAUGGGCACUAUGACCCUGAAUAUAGAAAUGAUGCAAAAAGACCCUUUACUUGGAGAAUGUAUGAUGAGAAACAUGGACAGAAUAAAUCAAGGAUUCCCCCUCGUGUGAAUUCAUAUUAUCGGUCUUAUGAAAAUAGAUCACCUUCCCCAAAUGUAAAGCCUGUUGAAAAAUUUGACACGUAUAAGCCUCACCAAGAAUAUUUCCCUGGAAGAGGGGACGAUGACAGAAGAUCUCAGUAUAUACCCACAUACUCAGAGAGUGCAACAACCUACACAGAGCACAAAAGGGAUUGUUAUCCUCCCCAAAUGCAAGGAAGGUAUAUUCCUGUUGAGCAUAGAGAUAGAGGAAGUGGGAGAGGAGGGAAGCCACCUCAGAUGUCACUGGCAGAUUCCUUUAGAUUUGAAGAGAAAUGGCAUGAAGAUGAAUUGAGACACCACAGGGCACAAGAAGAAAGCUACCCUCAGUCACCCAGAAGAGCCUCAGAAGACUUUGACACAAGGAACACUUUUCAAAAGAGGUAUCCUGAGAAUCAUGAUUUCAGAAAGUAUGGCUACGCAUCAAAAAGACCUAUAAAUGCAGCAAGGUAUGAAAAUAGAGAACCAGCCAGAAUCCCAAAGUGGAAACCUGAGCAUUCCUUUCUACCUUUCCAAGAGAAGGAAGAAGAGUGGAGCUUUGGAGCCCAAAGUCACAGAUACACUGAGAGAGAAUACUCAGAGAUAAGUUCAGCAACCAGAGUGUCCUAUGACUACCGUCACAAACAUCAUAAGCUCUCAGAUGGUGAGCAGGGCUUUCCUGAUGGGAGAUUUCAGAAAUACUUGAAUGAAGAAGACAGAAAGUACAAUUUUCUAAGAGUCCCUGGAAAUAGAGAGUCAGAGUGUUUCAGUACUACAAGAGGAAAAGAGACCAAGAAUGAGCAAAUCAGUGGACCUUUUCAACUGUACAAGAAAGAUUGUGUUUUCUCUACUAAAACAAAUAAAAAGGAGGCUGAUGUGGGGCCUUGCAAUGACAAUUGGAAGAAAAAAAUAAAUAAAGAAGAUUGUAGAAAAGAGAAUGCCUCUUCUAGUAAACAACUUGGUACAAGCCCAAAACCUGAAGAGAAACGCUAUUCAUUUGUCAAGAAGAAAUCACUUACUGUUAAAGUAGACAUGAACAAGAUGGACACAUUUAGGUCUACUUCUAGAUAUUCUGCAGAGAGACAGAUAUCACAUGAUUUGGUUGCAGUUGGCAAAAAAAGUGACAAUUUUCAUCCAGUAUUUCAACAUCUUGACUCAACUCAGAAUCCUGAAAACAAACCUACAGAAGAAUUUGCUCAAGAAAUCAUAGCAAUAAUCCAUGAAGUUAAAGAAAGUAAUUUCAUACCAUCUGAAAUGACUCUUCAUGAGCGUUUCUCAAGAAUAAACAGACAUGAUGCCAAUUUCAACCAAAUGAAUUCAAAUUUAGAUCCAGAAUUUCACAGGAGAAUAGAUGUGUCUUUGGCUGAUCUUCAGAAUAAACAGACUACGGCAUAUGCACCAGAUAAGACUCUGGUCAAAGUAAUAGAUCCAAAUGACUUACGACAUGACAUUGAAAGGAGGAGAAAAGAGCGGUUACAGAAUGAAGAUGAGAACAUUUUUCACAUGGCUAGUCCUACAGAGAGGAAUCAUCAGUGUCCCAGUUUUUCAAAGGUGAAGACUGUUUGUGCUGAUGGAUUUCAAAAGCCCCCCCAUUUUAAAAAAGCAAAUUUUCGAAAAUUUGUUCAGAAACCUUACAUAAACUAUACUAUGCAGAGAAAAGAUGCCAUUACUCAGAAGAGAUUUAGAGUUGAGGAAAAUCAUCAAAACAGAAGAGACUCUAAAAGACCCUUUAAGGAAUACACAAUAUUGUCACAGAAAACCAACGUGGAAAUGUUGCAGAUGGAAUCAACCCUACAUGAGGAUUUAACUGAGAACUUAACAGAGCAUCUCAUUUUGUCAGGAAUUGGAAUUUACACUAAGACACUAAUGCUGUAACUUUCUUGAUAAAAUAUCUUUAUUUUUCAGUAGUGGAAUGCUGCAACUUUUUUACACUUAACAAUCACUGUUAAUCACAGUAUUCAUUUUCAAAGUUGUAUUUAACUACAAGAUGUUUUGCAAAAUCUCUCAGCAGAAUCAUUUGAGGGGCAUCUUUCUCUGAGCAUGGGUUCACUGGGAGAAUUUAAUCAGAUUAUAUCUAAAUGUUUAUAUGUUGAAAGCUUUGUUUAUGUUAUAAGAACAAGUAUCAGGAUUAUAUAGUGUCUGUACAUGAAAGAACUUUAAACAGUGGCCUUACAGUAGCAAAUUUUAUACUGGCUUUUCUUUUUCUGAUGACAUUUUGGCUUUUAACUUGAAGUUUCUGAAGACCAGGGCCUAUGUAUGUCAUCAGUUUCAUAAUACAACAUAAGAAGCCUAGAGAAAAGGUGCAUCUCCUCCAUCGGGUCAUGGCGAGUGCACUGAAUCGUUAGUACUGCCUAUCUUGGGUUUUCCCAUAACGAUUUGCUCUUUUCUAGUUUCAAAUGCUAUUGUGGAAAAUGCGUAAGGAUUUUGUAAUCUUUAUUCCAUCUUCUUUUCCCUCAGGGCAAGCUUGUGCAUAUUCUAUUUUUAAAGGCUGUUAAAAAUCUGACAGACAAAAUUGCAUAUUUGACCAUUGUACUUUACUACUACAGUGUUACACAUUUUGCAGACACAACUGACAGAAGGCGCAUCUUUGGUUUAGUUGACAGGGGUUGCAUCCUUACUAUGUUUAAGGUAGGAUCCACGGGAUCCUAUAUACAGUCUGGAGGUUCAGAAGCUCACUUCUUUGUUUCCUUUCUUCUGGUUAAAAGUACAUAGACAUUCCCAGUCACGUUUUUGUGAAAUGUUUAUUUGUAAGAAAAUAAAAUAUUGUUGCUCUUUCUGCUUGAAGUUAU